AUGCUCCCCAAAUCCUCCGACAAAGUCUCCAGCCCGCCCAAAACUGCCCGGGUUGAAGAUGGAAAGGUUAAAAAACUAAAGUCUUCCACCAAAGCCGAGCCCACCAUUACUGCCAUCCAGCACAUCAAUGGCAAAACGUACGCCUGUGAGUCCUGUAAGCGCGGUCAUCGAGUCCACAAAUGCGACCAUGGCAAAACAAGGCCUAUCUCAGAGACAAAUCAACCCGGCAGGCCCUCAGGAGGGCAGAAACGUGGCUGUCAGUGUCCCAGAAACUGUGCAUGCACCUCAAAGACGUGCAAAUGCCAGCGCGACUGUUCCUGCACCCAGGAUAUGUAUGUCAUCGUCAGAGUCGACGGCCCCCAGUUGCUCAACCGCGAUGCCUCCUCAACCCCAAAACCCGUCUGGGAGGAUGCUGACGGCAAUAAAAUGACCCUCAAAAAGGUCUGGGCCGAUGCCAAUGGGAAACAGAUCGAUGAGGAGGAAUACAACAAGAGAAGGCAAAAAAACAAGGAACGAGAAGAAGGCUUGCCUCCAACCCUCGACCUCAUGUCGUGCUGUGCAACGACCACGACCACGACGACAGUGAAACAACCCAAGCAGGAACCCGAAUCUCCUCCACCCACCGCUCCCGUUGGUGGCUGUCGACACCGUCAAAAUCUCUCUUCCUUCCCCGCCAAUGCCACUCUGGUCCCCGACCAGCCACAACUAUCUGCCAAAUCUGCCAAUGAUCCUCUGAUGGCCGCUUGUUCCUGUGGCUCUGGCUGUUCCUGUUUGUACUGUCCUGACCAUCCCAACAACGCUACUUCCAUCAAUCACACCCAACAGCAGGUCAAAAAUUUCGCCGAACAGGCCUACACCGGUCAAGGCUUCGUCCCAAAUCCUUCCUUCGUCCCAGAAACACACUCUAGGUCUUGCAUGGGUGGCCGUCCAACCUUCUUCCUUUCGCGCACACCCGGCAUCUCCCAACAGCAACUUCAACAGUUCUUUCCCGAAGACCUCAAUCCAAACGCCAUCUAUCUCACCUAUCCCAUCCAACAACAUUCUUGGACCAAUCAGCCCAUGGCGGCCCAUUGCUCCCAUAUCUCUUCACCCUCUGCUCCUAUGGCUGUCACUCCUGACACAUCCGAUCCAUUUGCUGACCCUCCCAGCGAUUUCGUCGACACAUCUGCGCCUUGGGAGCUUCUGCCUGACGAUUCCAACGGCACUUGGAACUUCUCCGACAGUCACUUAGGUGACAAUGGUUUCAGCUGGGUCGAUUUUGACGCCUCCCGUGGCACUGACUACAAUAUCGGUCAAGCAACUGUUGCCUCGAUAUCAGGC